AGCACGGCAGCGGCAUCGCUUUACGGCACAAAAACUACUAAUCGAAACACGCUGCUGGGUGACAACAGCGUUUGGCUGCUAACCUGCAAAAUUACGUCGUGACGCGGUGUUUAUAUAAAUUUCUCGGUCGCUGAGCGGAUGUGCAACGUGUCAUUUUGGAGCCCAAAAAAGUCCUAAAAACUUGGGGCAACAGAUACACCGGUGAUGUCUUCCAAAGAGGCGGAGUCUCCCAUCCGGCCCGUGCACGUCAGUCAGUGUGACUCUGCAUCCCUGGUGUGGCGUACAGAGGACGUGGCUGCAGCCCGUUCUGUCGGUGUGGUGGGGGCAUUGCUGGGUUCGUUGCCGCGCACCCCCCGGCAGAAUGUACGUCUGGGACGCCCGUUGUUGUUACUGCCCGAGGAGGAGCGCUAUCUGGGUCAGUGCGGCGCCCUCGCCACCGAGACCGCCGUCUCCCAACCGGAUGCGGGCGAGCGAGUUAGCCAGGUGGCGCUCUAUGAGGAAUCUCUGCAGCAAAGCUACCAAGAGCAGCGAGUCCUCGCUCUCCAAGACAGAAAGGCGGCGGUACUACAUGCGCUCGGCUCGUCACGACCAGGGUCGGAGGUCGACGGCGAGGAGAACACGCGGCACCGCCUGGAAGCUCUGGAGCGUCAAUUUCGUUUCCCACGCACUGCGCUGGCGGUCCAGUUGAGCACAGCCAGGGUGGGGCCGGCCCAGGUUUCGCCGGGGCCAGCGUGUCGCGCUGUCCGCACGCCCGCCGCCGAUGCCAGGUACCGGGUGUUUGCGGACCUGAGGGGGCGGGGCUUCUACUUGACCUCGGCCGGGAAGUUUGGCGGAGAUUUCCUCGUCUAUCCUGGUGACCCCCUGCGCUUCCACGCACACUUCAUCUGCAUGUGCCUGGACGUGGAUGAACGUGUGCCACUGAUGGACCUCCUGGCUGCCGCUCGCCUUGGUUCCAAUGUCAAGAAGACGCUGGUCUUGUGCUCGCCCAACCGCCAUGGUGAGGGCGUGACGUACUCAUCGCUCCAAUGGAGCGGAAUGGUCUGAUUGGACGGUGGGAGAGAUACAGCUGUCCCCUGGAGAGCGCUACUCAGAUGGGAAGGUGGACCAGAAGCUACACAUGAACUGAA